AUGCCUGUAACCACAAAGAUCUUGAUGUAUGCAUUAAUCCUCAUGCUCAGAUCCUACGAUGUCCCAUCUCUCUGCUACAAUUACCACAGCCCGGAAGCAAACUACCAGCAGGAGUUUCUGAGGCCUCCCGCCAUCCCGACUGUGUAUCAGGUAAUCCCAAUGAAAUACUUCACUUGUGUUUCAGGAGCAUGCGAUCUUAUAGUAUCGAGGCUAAUAGGCUCAGAAAGGUACUUCAUAUACUCCUCCUUCCUCCCUGCAGAUGCGAUAUCAAUAGAAAACCUUCUCCUUGUGCUGAUGAAGAAAGGCUACGAGGACAUUGCAAGCGUCCUGCUGGUCCAUCUGAGUGUCUUCUAUGCUCCCCUUCUCUCUGCUUCCAAUGCAUACGUCCUGUCUUAUUUGUAUCCGGCAUACGAGAAGGACUAUGAAAAUGCACACAGGCCCUCGUUAAGCAUCACCUGGUUUUUCCACUUGAACAUCUUUCCACAGUACGCCAGAUACUUCUACGAUGUAUUUUAUGCAUUGAUGCUCUACCUCUUCAGCAUUGUCCCCAGAGGGCAGAAGAUCGAAAUACUCCUGCUAUUCAAGCCAUCCAACUACAAGAGCUAUCUCUUGUACAUAGCGGACUCCCCACUAGCCCACUUCUACCUACUUGUCUUUAUUCUGGAAAGCUAUGUCCAAUAUCUGUUCAGGGUCCGUGGCGUAGGAAACCCAAACUUCCUCAACUGGUCAUACCUAAUUUUCACAUGUUUAUUUAUCCUCGAGAGGAGGUGGAAGAUCCUGAUGAAGCAGAAGUCCCAUGCAGGCAAGGACCUGGGAGGAGGUCUUUGA